CGGUUCUUAGAAUCUAUGGUCAGAUGUCAUUUUAUUGAUAAAGAUUUAUGAUUGUUACUGAAAGAUGCACUUUAAUUCUGCUUGAAAAGAGUUUUAUGGGAAAGAAAAUGAGUUCCUUGCCUUUGUAUAUAGCCUAGCUAAAAUUAAACCAGCAAAUGAAAUUAACUGCAUCUAAAAGUUAAUGGCCUCAUCUAGGGCUUGAUUUUGAUUGGUUAGCAGCUCAUUGUAAGAAUGCACAUAGCAUGAAAUGAUUGACGUCUUUGUGAAUGUUUGUGGUGCAUACAGAUAUAGUUUAAUUGAUUAAGAUUGCACGCGCCUAGUUGUCUCUUUAAUUAUGCACGUGUUGCAGAGGAUUUCAGGUGGUCCAGGAGAUGGCGAUAUAAGCUUUGAAGGAGAGAGAAGAGAGGCUGUACGGAUGACUUAGUGGCUUUACCUAACAGAUGCAGAGGUUACAGCGUCUCAAAUAUUUCCCUGCUGCUCAUCUGACGCGUAGCAGUUGCCGUUUUCUUCUCGUGAAUCAAGGUUGUGGGCUCACUGGAUGCAGAGAGAAUCUGAACACGUGAACUUCUAGAUGGUUGUAUGAUGAGGACAACAUAUUAUCAUGCUUAAAUAAUAAUCAACAUUAUCAGCAUCUCAUUGAUGCAAAGUUGAAUCGCACACGGCAAAAAGAAACAGAGAUGUUGAAGGUAUUGGGAAUUUCGCCCUGUGGUGGUCGUCUGUAAGAGGAGGGUUUAAUCAGGGUCGUUAUACGCCCCUUUAAUGCAAGUUUCCAUGGAGGACGGAUCUAUCAGGAGGACAUUACCAUCGGAAGUCCUUCACGGACACUUCGCAGUGGCUUUUGUUAAAAAUGUGCGGCGCUUGGUUCGCCAGUAACACGGUUAUUUACAAUGAUGGGACCGCGCAGCCAGUCUCAGGCAGAGCCAAGCAUGACUCCGCCACGAUGCUCACCCUCCGCUGCUGACAGGUUGCCUACGGAGACUGUUCAGAGGAAUAACAGCAGUAAUACUGGUGUUAUUCUGGACAUUUCCACCCUGAAAAUGGCCGAUGUGGACUCUGAGGUUCCUCCUCUACCUCCACGAUACCGCUUUAGAGAUCUGCUGCUUGGGGAUCAAUCAUUUCAGAAUGAUGACAGGGUUCAAGUGGAAUUUUAUGUAAAUGAAAACACAUUCAAGGAGAGGUUGAAGCUCUUUUUCAUCAAAAACCAAAGGUCAAGUCUCAGAAUACGUCUCUUCAACCUCUCCUUGAAGUUGUUAACAUGCCUCCUCUAUAUAAUCAGAGUCUCACUAGAUGAUCCAGCUAACCAGGUCGCAUGUGCACGGAAACACUGCACAAACAUCACAGAUGCCCUUUGCAGCAAAGCCUGUGCAAACUACACAACAAACCUGACCACAGAUCCCACGCAAAUAAACUGGGAGUUAAUAUUUUGGGUGAAUAGGAGAGUUCCUGUAUGGGCAAUACAGGUGACAGUGGCCUUAAUUAGCUUCUUGCAAGCAAUGCUCCUGGUGUAUCUCAGCUACAAGGGGAACAUUUGGGAGCAGAUUUUCCAAAUCUCCUUCAUCAUUGAGAUGAUCAAUACAGUGCCAUUUAUAAUUACAAUCUUUUGGCCUCCGCUUAGAAACAUUUUUGUUCCUGUGUUUCUUAAUUGUUGGCUUGCCAAAUCAGCGCUGGAGAAUAUGAUUAAUGAUCUCCAUCGUGCCAUUCAGCGCACACACUCUGCCAUGUUCAACCAGGUCCUCAUUCUGAUCUGUACACUUCUCUGUCUGGUCUUCACUGGGGCUUGUGGGAUUCAGCACCUGGAGCGGGCAGGAAAGAGUCUCACCCUCUUUGACUCUUUAUAUUUCUGCAUCGUCACCUUCUCGACUGUUGGUUAUGGAGACGUCACACCCAAAAUCUGGCCCUCUCAGCUACUGGUGGUCAUCAUGAUCUGUGUGGCUCUGGUGGUGCUGCCAUUACAGUUUGAGGAGUUGGCGUAUCUUUGGAUGGAGAGGCAGAAGUCAGGUGGAAACUACAGCAGACAUCGUGCUCAGACAGAGAAACAUGUGGUUCUAUGUGUCACUUCACUCAAAAUAGACUUGCUAAUGGAUUUCCUCAAUGAGUUCUAUGCCCACCCGAGACUACAGGAUUAUUAUGUGGUGAUACUCUGUCCCACGGAGAUGGACAUCCAGGUGCGGCGUAUACUGCAGAUCCCGCUGUGGUCUCAACGGGUCAUCUACCUCCAAGGCUCUGCACUGAAGGACCAAGACCUGAUGAGGGCCAAGAUGGACGAUGCAGAGGCGUGCUUCAUCCUCAGCAGCAGAAAUGAAGUGGACCGCACCGCAGCUGAUCAUCAAACCAUUCUGCGAGCUUGGGCUGUGAAGGACUUUGCUCCAAACUGUCCUCUAUAUGUCCAGAUUCUCAAACCGGAGAACAAAUUCCAUGUCAAAUUUGCAGGUAUGUUUUGUUUUCCAGAUCAUGUGGUGUGUGAAGAGGAGUUCAAGUAUGCCAUGCUGGCCCUCAACUGUGUGUGUCCAGCCACCUCUACACUGGUCACACUGCUGGUACACACGUCUCGUGGACAGGAGGGACAGACAUCUCCAGAACAGUGGCAGAGGACGUAUGGCCGUUGCUCGGGGAAUGAAGUUUACCACAUCCGUUUGAUGGACAGCAAGUUCUUUGGCGAAUAUGACGGGAAGAGUUUUACUUACGCCUCCUUCCAUGCGCAUAAAAAGUACGGUGUCUGCCUAAUUGGCACGAAAAGAGAAGACAAUAAGAGCAUACUGCUGAACCCCGGUCCUCGCCACAUCAUGUCUGCCACAGACACCUGCUACUACAUUAACAUCACUAAGGAGGAGAACUCUGCCUUCAUCUUCAAACAGGAGGAAAAGCACAGCAAAGGGCUGUCGGCCACCGGCGUGUAUGACGCUCCCUCUCGUCUCCCAGUGCAAAGCAUCAUUGCAAGCAUGGUUGAUCAGUCUACUUCAUAUGGAACUGUGGCAAUUGACCUGCAGAAUCCAGAUCCUCCGGCUGACAGCAGUAAACUGGCUCUGCCCACGGAGAACGGAGCUGGGAGUCGUAGACCCAGCAUUGCCCCUGUGCUGGAGAUCGCCGAUUCUUCUGCCAUCCUGCCUUGUGAUCUUCUCAGUGACCCCUCAGAAGAUGAGACCAACCAAUCAGAUGAGGAAGGAGCACUGGCCUUAGAGUGUAUUAAAGGCUACCCUCCAAACUCCCCUUACAUUGGAAGCUCUCCAACUCUUUGCCACCUUCUGCAACAAAAGGCGCCAUUUUGUUGUUUACGACUUGACAAGGGUUGUCGACACAAUAGUUUUGAAGAUGCCAAGGCGUAUGGUUUCAAAAACAAGUUGAUUAUCGUUUCUGCUGAGACAGCGGGAAACGGCUUGUACAACUUCAUAGUGCCGCUGCGUGCCUAUUACCGACCCAGGAAGGAGCUGAAUCCCAUUGUGCUGCUGUUGGAUAAUGAGCCUGAUAAUCAUUUUCUUGAGGCCAUCUGCUGUUUCCCAAUGGUGUACUACAUGGCUGGUACCAUAGACAAUUUGGAUAACCUGCUGCAGUGUGGCAUCAUCUACGCUGAUAACCUGGUGGUGGUGGAUAAAGAGAGCACUAUGAGUGCAGAAGAAGAUUACAUGGCAGACGCUAAAACCAUAGUCAACGUGCAGACCAUGUUCAGGUUGUUUCCUAGUCUCAGCAUAAUCACUGAGCUAACCCAUCCUUCUAAUAUGAGAUUCAUGCAGUUUCGUGCCAAAGACUGCUACUCCCUGGCUCUCUCCAAACUCGAAAAGAUAGAGAGAGAUAAGGGCUCCAAUCUGGCAUUCAUGUUCCGCCUCCCAUUCGCUGCAGGCAGAGUGUUCAGUAUUAGUAUGCUGGAUACUCUCCUUUACCAGUCUUUUGUGAAGGACUAUAUGAUUCUCAUUGCAAGACUCCUGCUGGGUCUAGACACCACCCCGGGCUCUGGCUACCUCUGUGCUAUGAAGGUAACGGAAGAGGACUUAUGGAUCCGGACAUAUGGAAGACUUUUCCAGAAGCUGUGUUCAUCCAGUGCAGAAAUUCCCAUUGGGAUUUACCGCACUGAAUCUCACAUGUUCUCUUCCUCAGAGUUUAAGGAGGUUUGCAAAGAGUCUCAGGUGUCUGUGGAGGACUGUGAGGACCCGCGAGACCGCAGGGAAUCCUGGAAAGAGAAAACCGCCCACAGAAACUCCACAGGGAGCGACCAGUCAGAGCACCCACUCCUGCGGAAGAAGAGCAUGCAGUGGGCGAGACGGCUGAGCAGGAAAAACACCAAACCACCCAGUCGAGCUGAACGCAUCAAUCAACAGCGCCUGAACCUGUACCGGCGCUCCGAGAGACAGGAGCUGUCAGAGCUGGUGAAGAACCGCAUGAAGCACUUAGGGCUGCCCACUGUCGGAUACGAGGACGUAGCUAAUUUAACUGCAAGUGAUGUGAUGAACCGAGUAAAUCUAGGAUAUUUGCAAGAGGGUACUUACAUGACAGAGGGUACUGCAGUGGCUCAAACAGAUGAAAUGAAUGAUAAUCAGAACACGUUGUCAUAUGUGCUGAUAAACCCUCCUCCGGACACCAUUCUAGAGCUCAAUGACAUUGUCUACAUCAUCCGCUCUGAUCCGCUGGCACACGUCCCUGAGAAUCUCCCAGGGGCUUCAGCGGGAGCGAAGCAACGGCAAGACUAUGGAGCUGAAACGAGGGACGAGACCCAUCUGUAAGAACUGGAAGUUCUCGUUAACCCCGAUUCCCUCCCUCCUCCGCCUUGAGCUGCUACAAUCUGCAUGAAGAACGUCAGGACACACAGCCAGCCAACCAACCACACAGACACGACCCAUGUGCCAACACACUACAACCCAAGCUGCCCAACCAAGCCAAACGGCUGUAACUGUACCAUUGAAAUGAUUUACAGAUUCCUCUUUUCUACGACAGACAUGUAGAAUCUCGUGGCACAUUUCAGACUUCUCUGGAUGUGGCUGGUUAUUACAUUUUUGUAUUUUAGACUUGGAGUGUGGGGUAUGUUGAAUCAUUUUGGACCAAACUGGCUGUCCAAGCACUUUGGACUUAUAGGGCAGUAUAUAUCAGAAACGGUAGGUAAAGCAGUAUUGAAGAGGGCAGCUAAAGAGAGAAAAAAGAAACAACUAUUACACCAGUCAGCUGACUUGAGUGGACCAGAACACUGGAUACUGCCCGGUAAUACAUGCGAGGUGUUUCAGUAUGAUAUUGAACAGAAUUAGUUUACAUCAGUGCUAUAUUUUGUAAGUAUAUAACACAUAUAUAGUACAUAUAUAUUUGUACAUAUACAAGUUAGUCACUUAUUCUUUUACAUGCUCAGUGACCUCUUAGUAUUCACAGUAUUUUGUUGUGAUUUUGUCCUCAAAGCACAGUGUUUUACGUUUGAAAUAUGAAAAGCUAAUCUCAAGCAGAAGCUUUUACAUGUAACUAAACGCCAUGAUGAUUUACUGUAAAUUGUCAGUUAUCACUACAAGCGCGUUCAUACACCAGUUUACAUGUGCCGAGAAAAGAACAUUAAGUUCAUCGCCAUAUGAUUAUGAUCGAUUUAUAGCAGAAAAUGGAACCUCUUCUACAGCAAACAUGAAGAUUCACAGGAACUGUACUGCACAAGCCAAGUAUGCUUCAGGUGCAUCACAAGUAUUUCAUGGGUGUAAUUGAAGAGAUGCCAAAUGGUAUAAUAUACACAAGAUCAGCUUUGGAAAAGGUUUGAUGUCAAAUUUAUGAAUUAUGUUUCGGUUAUACAAAAGAAAAUAUUAUUAAAUAUAAUAUACACUAUUGGUAAACGUUAUUUUUCUGACUUGACAUUUCUGAAAGCUACCAGGUCUAAAAGCACCUGUAUUAAAAAAAAACAAACAUAUUUAUUUGAAUUAUUAUUACUUUAUUUUUGGGGGUGCAAAAUGUACAUUGCUACUACUCAUUUAAGACAAAAAUCUAUCUGAUUCUGACUCAAAUAUAUCUAGACACAUGGACAGAUAGGGUGAAUUUAGGUUGAAUGGUACACAUUUUGCCAUUGAAAUGACUAAGAAAAAGUGUCCCAAUAAACCUGAAUUCACCCGUACAUGAUUUGAAGUUGCCGAUUGUAUUGCACAAAGCUCUGUUGACAGAGCAGUACACCCUUCAAACUUCACAAGAAAUCUUUUUUUUUUGAAUUUACAUUUCACAAUACAUUUUACAUAAAUGAAACCAAUUUAUGAGUGAUUUCAAAGGUUUUAUUCUGGAUAUUUUAUUUUUUGGGGAUCAUAAUACUUUUUUUUUUUUGCCUUCUGUAUCAAGACAUGCUUCUGUAUUCCACUGCCCACUGUCAUUUCUAGCAGAAUAUAUGGAGCUAACAUUUAAAUCUAUCAUGAAAAGCUGCUUUUGCUUUUAAUCUUUGUGUUCUUUAAAUAGACAUUUGUAUUAAUCUUUCAUUGAGCAAAGUGGGCAUUCACAUUUUCUGUUCAAAGUAGCUAAGAUUGAAUACCUCUCACAUAACGCUUACCUGUCUGUCUCCAUAAGGAAAUGUGAUGGAUGACAAUGAGAGUGACAAAACAGGGAAAUCAUUGUAGCUAUUAUGUUUAAAAUAUUUCAGAAUGGUAUUAUACAUGACGUUUUCUGCCUUAUUUUGCUUCCAUGUAGAGCAUAUCAGUUUAUUUAUUGCUUAUAGCAUAGCUCCAAGACCUGUCAGUAGUAUAUGUGGGUAUUACUAAGGGUUUUACCAACCCUUGGCAUGUUAAUGUUAACUCAAAAUACUGUACAGUACAUCAGACUAUGUUCAUGUUUUACUGCUUGUGUUACAUUCCGGUCACUGUUUUCUCAUGCUGAUUUUUUCCCCCUAAAUUUCCAGCCAUCAUUUGGAAAGAUAUGCAUAAUGUGCAUGUUAAAAAUAACAGCCUGCAGAUUUCUUCUAUUUUUACUAGUUCCCUACGACUUAAAUACGAUAUCUUGAUCAGCUGAUUACAGCUGUUGUAAUUUACAGAAUUUCUUUGUGUUGUUUUUUUUUUUUUUGGUAGUUAUAGAAAAACAUGGACCAUGCAUGUCCUAAUCUUGCCAAAUGUGUCAGAGACCCAUGUUUACAUUAGCUGGCUCCUGUUUUUGGAUUGUACCGAACAAUACAUGAACUUCUAAAUUUUGUACAAUUUCUUAAAUGAAGUCUGUACUAACGUAAGAAUGAAUCAAUAAAUGCUGCAUGCAGCCAGA